AUGCGUUCCUUCAUUGCCCUGAUCCAGGGCGUGGCCCUGGCCACCCCCGUCUACGCCGUUGACCCUGCUGCUGUCUACAGCGGUGGCUACAACUUAUCCAGCGAAGUCCUGCUCCGCAUCGGUAACGGUGGUGCCGGACAAAGCGGACUGAUUGGCGUUCUCGCGGACGCCUUCAUCAAAUCAAGUGUCAAAAACGGCUCAGCUCCGUUCAAAAUAGCCUGGUACAAAAGCGAUACAACCGAAUCAAUUAAUUACCUCAAAUCUAAUACCGUCGACCUCGGCAUAACCUACGCCCCCGCUGCCGAGCAAAUAGCCAUAACCCAAGCCAUCGCCAAGUCCCCAGCCUGGUACGCCUGGCGGGACCAUUUCCUCCUAACCGGCCCGCCCUCGAACCCUGCCAAGCUAUCCAACACCGCCGACAUCACAACAAUGUUCUCACAAAUCUUUUCAGCCGCGGAAGCCGGCACGUCCUCGCCACCCGUGCGCUUCCUCUCGCGCUACGACAAGUCCGCCACAAACAUCAAGGACUCGCAGCUGUGGAUCGAGAUCGGACAGGUCCCUUGGGCGACGGCGUACUCAACAUGGUACCACCAGUACAUUGCGUAUCCGAUCCAGGCGCUGACGGCGGCGAUUUUGUUGGAUGAGUAUACUAUUACGGAUCGGGGGACGUUCUUGUCUAUUGAUGCUGGGUUACGGAACCGGACGACUGUUUAUAAGGCUGCGACGGAUGCGCCGGAGGAUCAGUUGCUUAAUCCAGCUCAUAUGCUUGUUGGGCGUGGGGCGAGAAAUGAGAGGAUGGCGGAUCAGUUUGCGCAAUGGGUUAUUGGGAUUGAGGGGCAGAGGGCUAUUGUUGGGUUUAAGAAGGAUGGACAGCAGCUUUAUACGGCUGCUCCGGUUAAUAAGACUGCGCUGUUUUAG